GGGAAAAGACGUGCGGCGUGACUCCACUGUUGUGAGUCUUCUUGUGAAACUACGUGGUCAUUCUAACAAGAAGUCCACUGCUAUGUCUGCCAAACAAAGCCUUUCAGCCCAUUUUUAACUGGAUAAGCACUUUUUACCCGGAACGCCUUGUGAUUGUUGCUCACUGUGGUUUGAUUGUUAUAGUAUAAGUGCAGAAACCAGCUCAUGUUAUUGGACCAAUUUGAAGGUCUGGAUUUGUUUCUCGUUUUGGGAUAUGCGUUUGGAUGCGUGGACUUUUUCACAGCCAGUGCGGCUGUACAGUAAGUAAGUAAGUGUGGACUCGAGGGUGAGACGCGUCUGCAGAUUCAGGACACAUUCAGACCACUGCAGCUCUCCGCGGAUUAAAAUAGUUUCCAAUUGGGAUUUAAUUAACCAAAACGGGAAGAAAGUGACACAGUCGGCAUGUCUCUAAGCAAAAACAUGGAAUUUGAGCACUUUGAGGAUCGAGAAAAGCCGCAGCGGACAGCGAGGAGCCAGUGCGGCUCCGGGUCCCAGUGCGGCUCCAGAGGACUGGCCCCCAGCCCCGCGCACAGCGCGCACUCCAGCUUCUACCGCACACGCACCCUCCAGUCUCUCACCUCCGAGAAAAAGGCCAGAAAAGUCAGGUUUUAUCGCAAUGGAGACAAGUAUUUCAAAGGGUUGGUGUACGCCGUGUCUCACGACCGGUUCAGGUCCCUGGACGCCCUGCUCAUGGAGCUGACGCGCUCCCUGUCGGACAACGUCAACCUUCCCCAGGGAGUCCGGACGCUGUACACGCUGGACGGGAGCAGGAGGCUCUCCAGCCUGGACGAGUUAGUGGAGGGUGAGAGCUAUGUGUGUGCCUCCAACGAACCCUUUCGACGGGUAGAUUACUCCAAGAACAUGAACCCUAACUGGUUGGUAGGCAGCAAGACGGGUACAUCGCGCUCCCUGUCCUCUCUCAUCCCACUAAAGAACGAGCUGCAGCGUGAAUCCAAGGACUUCAUCAAGCCCAAGCUGGUCACAGUCAUCCGCAGUGGUGUCAAACCCCGCAAGGCAGUUCGUAUACUGCUCAACAAGAAGACGGCACAUUCCUUUGAGCAGGUGCUCACCGACAUCACGGAUGCUAUAAAGUUGGACUCUGGAGCUGUGAGAAGGCUGUACACUUUAGAGGGCAGGCAGAUUACCUGCCUCCAGGAGUUCUUUGGAGAUGAUGAUGUGUUCAUUGCGUGCGGUCCAGAGAAGUACCGCUAUGCACAGGAUGACUUUGUGUUGGAUCACAGCGGUAAGGCUUUCACAGCCUUUAUGACUGAAUGCAAAGUGUUAAAGUCAUCGUACAGCCGUUCUACUACUCCAAACCGGACAGCUAGGAGUCCCGGACCGUCGAGGCGCAGCAAGUCCCCGGGUGCCGCAAGGCGACCUGCUCACUACUCCACCAGUAAUACUCCAGUCAAGUCUCCAGUUAACGGCAUUUCAGCUCCCAGGUCCACAAAGUCGUCCACUCCGUCUCCCACCAGUCCCCGACCACUCCCAAGUUUGAAGAUCCCUUCAUCACAUCACCUCUCCUCCCCAAACAUAAACGGCUCGCUAGAUAAUCACCAGAAGCAAACCAAUCAACUCAGUCCGGAGGUUAACGGGAACCAGUGCUUACCGACCUCAAACCUCUUAGAAAAAUACAAGAUUGGAAAAGUCAUUGGAGAUGGCAACUUCGCUGUGGUUAAGGAGUGCGUGGAAAGGUCCACUGGGAAAGAGUUUGCUCUCAAGAUCAUUAACAAGGCCAAAUGCAGUGGAAAGGAGCACCUCAUUGAGAAUGAAGUGGCUGUGCUGCGGAGGGUGAAACACCCGAACAUCAUCAUGCUGAUCGAGGAGCUGGACACUCCCUCUGACCUGUGUCUCGUUAUGGAGCUUGUCAAGGGGGGAGAUUUGUUUGAUGCCAUCACGUCCUCGGCCAAAUACACGGAGAGAGACGCCAGCAUCAUGGUGUACAACCUCGCCGGAGCUCUGAAGUACCUGCACAGCAUUAACAUCGUCCACAGAGAUGUAAAACCCGAGAAUCUGCUGGUGUUCGAGGAUCAAGGUGGGACCAAGUCCCUGAAGCUCGGAGACUUUGGUCUGGCCACAGUUGUGGAGGGACCGUUGUUCACAAUCUGUGGUACUCCAACUUAUGUCGCUCCAGAAAUCAUUGCUGAGGCGGGCUAUGGUCUGAAAGUGGACGUCUGGGCUGCAGGUGUGAUCACCUACAUCCUUCUGUGUGGCUUCCCUCCCUUUAGAAGUGAGAAUAACCGGCAGGAAGAGCUGUUUGAUCAGAUCCUCCUCGGACGACUGGACUUUCCCGGUCCUUACUGGGACAACAUCACCGAUUCAGCCAAGGAGCUGAUCGGAAAGAUGCUACAGGUCAACGUUGACGGUCGAUACACGGCGCAGGACAUCCUGUCGCACCCAUGGGUCACGGAGGAUUCAGGUCUGGAGAACAACAUGAAGAUGGAGGUGACGGGUGAGCUGAAGACGCACUUCAACACCGCUCCGAAGCACAGCAGCACCACGGCCGGCGUGUCGGUCAUCGUGAACACAGCUCUAGAUAAGGAGACCCUCCACCUCCCCACCCGCUGUUGUAACGAACAACAAACGGUGGCGUGUCCAGCAGGCGGCCGGAGCCCGUCUGCCCCCCCAGACCAACAGACCCCUGCGACCAAACAGGCGUUACCUGUACGUGCCAAAGUACCAGAACCUCCCGAGCAACAUCCUCCCCCCGAGACUGCUCCUCCUGAGGCGUCCAGCAGCGCAGAGGCUGCCCGGCUCGAUGCUGCUUCCACUCCUGAACCUUCCAGCUUUCAAAUAAACAACAGCCAACCUUUAGCUGCCGAGCCCGACCCGCAACCCUCCACUCCCCAAAGUCCGCUGCAGCCGUCCUCUUCACCCUCUGCUGACAAUAUUCACGUGUCCUCCACUGCAAAAGUGGAGACUACCCUACCGGCACUUUUCCCAGCUCUGAAGAGAAGCAGCUCUUUAGAGGCGACGUCUCUGUCUGCUCUGCCCCUGCUUUUCUCCUGCCCUUCUCCAUCGUCUCCCGCCCAACCGUUCCCAGACCCCUCGUCUCCCACCGAGCAGGUGUCUCCCUCUCCGGUGUCCCCCGUCCAGCCCGCAUUGUUCUUCCCGCUCUCUUCCCCGACCGUACGAGAGCCCCCUUCCCCGUCUUCCAUCCACCCGACUCUGUUUCCCUCUCCUCCUUCCACACCUCCUCCCAGCUCUCCUUCUCCUAGUCCUCUACUGGCUGAGAAACUUCUCGAGCAAAUCUAAAUUCCCCCGUUUCACUCCCACAAACCUGCAUGGGAUAAGGAGUCUGAACCCCCCACGAUUAAGCGUUUCUUAGUAGCUGUGAACUGAACCAGUGACUGCUGUAUCCACAGGUUUCCCGCUCAUUUUCACCCAAAUCUCUUUGAAACUGAGAAGAACAAGAGUCUAAUUGUAAAUAUUUGUAUUUAUUUGCAAAGGAAAGGGAACAAAGUUAAUGUCACUCACUUGAGUGGUUUUUCCUUUGAAGUCGUAUUACUGUACCACAUUAAUGUGAAUUAUUUUGACUGCGUGCUAUCAUCAUCAUCAUCAGUGCAAACACACCCCACUAUGAGCUGCUGUCGCUUUAGAAAAGGAAGUACUGUAUACCUCUUAUACGAGUAUUUCUGAACAGGUAGAGUAGUCAUCCUGAUGCUAAGAUUAACAGUACAGUUUAAUUUACAGUGGGAGGACAAAAUAUAUGAUGUCUACCGGAAUACCAAGUAGUUAAUAAAGAAAUAAGUGCUUUCAAACAGCUUCACCUCUAAUGUUUUGUGAUUCCCUCAAUACACGCAGAAGACGUGCCAUUUAAUCAGACCUGUUCAAGGUAUUCAUGAUCAGUUUGAGCCUUUCAUGCGCAGUCGUCACUCCAGUGGACGUUGAAUCAAAAGCAGUUUUCUAGCAGGGGGGUUUAGUUGCAAAUGAGUUACUUCAGGGAGUCAGCCCGGCUUUUAAAUGCAUUGCAAAAAGAUUUUAAUGACAAUUACAGUAUUUCCAACCGUGAUAGACAUGCUUAACUCUUUGGCUUAACCUCCCCCCUUUUGGUGCUGUAGAUUUUGUUCACCCACUGACUCUAUGGAGCCAAAUCAAGGCCAAAAGUUUUGCUAAUUUGAAAAUAAAAUUUGAACCUGAAAAUUCUUUUUUACAGUUUAAAUUCUUUUUUUUCAGUAUCAAAUCUUUUUUUCAGUUUCAGAUCUUUUUUUUUCAGUUUCACUUCUGUUUUUUUCAGUUUCAAAUCUUUUUUUUUCAGUUUCAGACUUUUGGCCCCAAUCUGGCGUGGGGGGCGUGACAUCAACUUUUGGCCUUGAUUUGGCUCCAUAUGACUCGUGCUGAAUUUUUCCACCCCAUUCAUGUGUAGUGUUAUGAGCCGUAGCUGUCCACUUUAAACUUGGAGGUUUGCAUUCGGAGUGUAUGAGCGGUCUACCAAGUAACACCUGUUGUACAUAAGAACAUAAAUCCAAGAUAUCAAGCUGCAGGUAUGUUUUUGACUAAAGCACAGGAAGUACACUUCCACACUUGUAGAAUUUCUAGCAAACCUGAACCGGAACCUGCAUGACACUUGUUGAUGGUUUUUCUGAGCUGUAAGACUGGCAAGAGUCGGCGUUGUCAUGGUGAUAUGUUUGUACUAGAUCACUGAGGCCUUUAUAUAAUCCAGCUUGGCUGAAAGGAUGUCCCACAUUCUGCUUCCGGCAUAUUAUUGAUUCAUCAGUAAAUUGUUUUAAUCUCCAAAACAUUUGUCUGAAUACAAAGUCAAGCAGGUACAGUUUAUUUCCUUUAUGUUUGUAAAGUUUGUAUGAAAAGGCAGACAAGAGCAUUGCUGAAUAGAUUAUGUGAAACUACGUAAAACAGUUUUCUAUAGGCAUAGGGCGACUGCUUUUAAUGUCUUAGUAUUUUGGAACAGGUAAGAAAAACACCCCUGAAUGCAAUAAAAACUUCAACUCUA